AUGGAGGCCCUGGACAACAGGAAAGUGGAGCGCAAGUACGUUAAACACUGGGUAGAUGCGGGGGAACGCUCUGCGGCCACCUACCUCACUGGGCCAACGGCUGAGGCAUUGGUACGAGCAAGCGCUCGAUUACUUCAGAAAAAGCCUUCAACAACGCCCAGCGAAGAUGAUAUCAGAGCGGAUGCACGAUCGACCUUGGCAGACGCGUUGCGGCUCUACGCCGAAACCGCUGUUCUCUCCGAUGAGGAGGCCAUUGGUGGCUUCCAGAGCGCCUUGGAUCUAUUCCCCGAAGAUUGGACAGGCGAGGAGAACGAAUACAGUGCCCUCAUUUUUGUCGUGCCGAUUGCGGUGCAUGCUGGCAGGCUGCUUAGGUUCGGUGAUCUGUGGACGGGCUGGCGGGUCGCCAAGCUCGCGGUGGAUGGCAUCUCCAGCCAAUGA